AUGUAUGGUGAUAAUCAACAAAACACAUCUAACCUAAAAGAUCCGAAACAACAUUUCGACGGAAAGUUGUCUUUAAUACAGAUGCGAGCUUUAGAAAGAACUAAAAACGCACUUGAGGAAUCCCUAAACAAAUUUAAUGAAAAUUUUAAUAAAAAUCCGUCAAAGUUUCAAACUAAAGAUAUUGUUAAUGUACGAUCUCGUUUUAACAAAGCAAUUCAAGAUCUAUGUAACCUUAAAUGCGAAUACGAAAGUUUUCCUAAAGUUUCUCAUACUAUAGCAAAAGGUGUUGCAACUAAUUUCAAUAAUACCGAUACUGGCUUAUCAAAUAUACAUAAGGAAGCUGAAAUUAAGUCAUCAAACGCUAAAUCUAACGAAUUACCACAUGUUUCAAAGGAUUUCCAAAUUAAUCCAUCAUCUCAAUCAAGCGAAUUAUUAAUCGUGCCAAAAGAUAUUGAAAUUGGCUCAUCAUCAGAUUUUUUAUCAUUUCAAUCUAACGCACCAUCAACGAUGUUGGCAGAUCAAUCUAAUAACUUGUUAACAGUAUUAAACGAUCAGCCUAAUGUAACGCCUAGAAAAGAUGAAAUAAGGGAGUCACGAAAUAAUAUAGGCCAAAAGAGAAAAUUCAUGUCAAGUGAUUGUAAAGAUGGAAAAUAUGCAACAUUCCCCGACAAAAAACCUCAAACAGUUAUUGAUGCUCUGAAGAAUAAGAGAAAUGAUCUAAAUGCCAUUCCUCCCAUAAAUGACUCGUUAUUUGCGGCGAUGGCGACUGGAUAUUGUUCGUAUAAUGAUUCAUGGGAAAUACUUGAAUAUUUGGGCGACAGAGUGAUCGUAUCAUGUCUUUUUAAAGUUGCAAAAUCUCGGUACCUUUCUCUUUAUUUUGCAAAUGAUAUUAGAACAAGUAUAAUGGGAAUAACUACCAAUAAAAUUUUGGCAGCAUAUUCCAUUUCACUUAAACUUAAUGAACUUAAUAAAAUGCAAUUUUUACCUGUAAGAAAGUCUCAUGCCGAUGCAUUUGAGGCUUACUUUGGUGCUUAUUUUCUUGUAUACGGUGAAUUACUCACUUGUAUUCAUCUUGAUCACUUAAUGACCCCGUUACUCAAUCUUAUUGUUUAUCACGUUGCAUCUGGUAACAAAACUGUGGAUGAUUCUUACAAUUUAGCUUCUGGAUAUUUUUCAAUGUCAUGGAUUCGGAAUAUCAAUUUUCUUAAUUGA